CGGACGAUCUCCGUUCUCCCCAUGUGGAGUCUCACGAGGCGGGGAUAAUGAAUUGGUAAUCCCAAGUGCUCAAAGGUGACUCUACCUUUCAAUAACUGUUCUGGACGACAUUUGAAUCUGUACAAAAAAUACUGGAAUAAUGGCCAAAAACCGAAUCUACCCACUCGCCAAACCCCCCGGGCACAAACCGCCCAUGGAGCGCUGGAAGCUGGACUUCCCCAGCAGUACUAGCCCUAUUUACACAGCAUACAUAGGCAUCCAGCGGCACAACUCCACCCCAGACACCCAGACCGCAUUCCAAAAAGCCACAGACGCUAUCCAAGACUGGCUCAGUAGCGCCAAAAGCCAGGAAACUGCAGUGGAGAAAUUCACCUUCAUCGAAGGCGACGACGCCCCCUCCUCCCUAACAUGGGUAUGCUACUGGUCCAACCCAACCCUCUGCGCAACGCACAUGUCAUCCCUGAAUCUGGGAAAUGUCUACGAUAGCCUAGGCAAACCGACAGCUAUCGGCCUGUGGAUAGAAAAAUUCACAACCCCAACUUCGCGCCUCGAAACAAACUACUCGGGGCUGGAUUACCUCCCCGGUCUGGCGCGCCUGCCUGGGUCCCAGACCGUCGGCCACACACUAACAGCGUACUGGGGCGCCGCGCGAGACCGGAUCCCCGACUCGGCGGGGGACUUGUUCGGCCGGGCUGCCGGUGAAGGGAUUGAUAGCGCGGAUCCUUCGCCGACACCGGCAGGAUUACGGCAGAGAUUAGCAGGUAUCAACCGAUUCGACAAUCUCGUGCAUAUCCGCUCGGGCCAGUUCUGGGGGAAUUGCGACGAUGUAGAGACCGAGGCGUAUGAGGCGCAGCUGGAGCCGAGUCUGCGUGCGGGAUUAAGGUGGGUUUGGGAGAAUCGCGAUGAAUCUGGGGCGAUGGGGUUGCGGUUUGUUCGUAAUGUCCCACUGGCAAACCCGGAUGGGGAUGGGUCCCCCGCAAGAGAGACCUGUGCGGCGGGCUUCUUUCGGAAUCUGGAGGACCUGGAGCGCUGGGCGAAGCGGCAUCCGUCCCAUUUGAAGAUUUUCAACGGGGCGAUUCGGCAUGCGAAGACUUUUGGGGAUGCCAGAAGGUUCAGGACGUGGCAUGAGGUUUCUGUGCUUAAGAAGGGCGAGGCCGAGUUUGAGUAUGUGAACUGUCUUCCUGAGACGGGGGUUAUACGGUUUCUUCCUCUUGAUGCCGAGGAUUUAUAG